AUGAGCAGCGCCGCGGAUGAUGUUAUCUCCCUAUUCCGCAUUCACACCACGGCUCUUGCCAAUCAAGAUUGGGUCACUAUCAAGGCCAGGCUUCACCCCAACCUUACUCGAAACCACGUCGCUAUAACCGCCGAGCAGUAUGUUAGUCAAGCGAAUGAGGGGUUCAAGGCGAUACCCGACUUGACCGUCGUCCUGGACCAGGCUUUCGCCGAUAAAAGCAAUAACGUGGUGUUUGGUCGCCUGAUCGUGCGCGGCACACUCAAACAGGAGUUUAUGGGAAUCAAGCCCUCUGGAAAGCCAUUCGAAUUCUCGGAACUCACAAUUCACGAGUACAAGGAUGGCAAAACAUUUCGAAUUCUCACGGCUACGGAAAAAGAGGCAAUAAAGAACCAGGUCGAGAGCCUUCCCCGGACGCCAUUUGACACAGGAUACGGCUAUGACCUUCCUGAACAGACAGCCGGCCUGAAAGAGCGAUUUACAAGUUUCAUAGAAGGCAUAACCAAGGGAAAUGUGAAGGAAUCUGUCCUCGAAUACUGCGCCCCCGAUGUUGUGUUUAAUGGCAUACAGAAGAUUACGAGGGAGGAGAUAAUUCAACAGAACUUGACCAUACAAGACGCACUCACAGACUUGAAAGUGGAUUUCGACGGGCUGGUAGUUGAUGAAGACCAUCAGCGGGUUGGCUCUGCUUACUACGUCACUGGACGAGUCAUCAAGCCGUUUAAAAGCUAUUUGCCGGGUCAAAUCGUACAACAAUACACGUACGCCAUGCAUUUUAUAAACGAGGAUGGGCAACUUGGAGUCAUUACGUCGGUAGUGGAGAGCGAAAAAGCUAUUGAGGAGGGUAACGAAGCUGCGCAUUGA